GAGCUAAUAAUUAUCUAAUCUGUAAUGCAAAAAUGGGAUGGCAACGUUCCGAAAACUUGAGAAACUGUAACAGCUUUCCCAGUAAACCGAAACCAGCUAGAUAUGAAGUGACAAUUGGGACUUUUGGUGAAAUUUUCGACGAAAUCGUCGGUUUCAAACGGGAAUAAACGAAUCGUACGAGCUGUCUCGCGCGCAAUUUUGUAUUGAUUUUCUGUCUACCUCGCCGGAGACCCCAUUUUUUCCAUUUUUGCCCUCAAGUCUAAGCAGUGUGACCUGCGCUGUAGUGCCCCACAUUUUUUUCUAUCCCGAAAAUAACGACCUCUUCUAAGACAGCGGAAAGCUACAGAUCAGAUACAGAUCUCAACGGAAAGCUAACCUUCGAUAACCUGUAACGAAGAUAAGGUGAUUUCAAUGGAGAGCGAAGUCAAGAUGGGAUGUGGUGGAAGUAAGGCUAUCAAGACCAGGACCGCACCGGCGCCUGUUGCUGAACAGACGCAGUCGCCAGGUCUGAAGGAGACAAGUGCUGCUAAACAGCACAGGCAACAACCAGAGGGCAAGAUAACUGAAGAAACAGUUGAAGAAACAGCACCAGCAGAUGGAUAUGGUCGCCAAGGAACAGAAGAUGAUAAGCAAGCGACGGAGGAACAAGGCGAAGAUGUCGAGGGACCCAUAACUCAAGAACAGAUUUCUUUGGUGCAGAAUACUUGGAAACUUGUGAAUGGAGAUCUGGAACAAGUUGGAGUCGAGUUCUAUACAAGGUAAGCCCCGAAAGUUCUGCAAAAUUGACUCAUCUCUUGUUUUGACAUGGCCGCGAGUUGUUCGUAACGAAACUUCUCGUAUCUGUUUAGAUAAU